UCCCAAAUUUCAGAGUCACCCUUAAAGUUUCAACCCAUCUAUCUCUCUGUCUCUCUUUCUCUCUCUCUCUCUCAAAAUUGAAGCUUUGAGAAACAUAAAUAGCCACACAAAUCGAUCAAACCCUAGAUUUUCUCACCAACCAAACACCCUACUUUCCCGAGAAAAGAAAAUCAUAACACCUCUGUUUCCCCUCAAAUUGAGCUCCGAGAUCGCGAUCCUCGCGCCGCGGCGAAAAAAGAAAAAUGGGACGGGUUUUCAGGGAAAACCCUAAUUCGAGGCCGAUAUUCCCGUGUUGCGAGUCCACGUUGGCGAAUUCGUCUUCGUCUUCUUCGUCUUGCUCGACGCCGACCACGACGACGUCGACCUCGAUGACCGAGACGGUGAAUGGGUCCCACCAGUUCAAGAUCUCGGGGUACUCGCUCUCGAAAGGCAUGGGGAUCGGAAAGUACGUGGCGUCCGAUACUUUCGUCGUCGGCGGGUACUCUUGGGCGAUCUAUUUUUACCCGGACGGUAAGAGUUUGGAGGACAAUGCUACGUACGUUUCGCUUUUUAUAGCUUUGGCGAGCGAAGGCACUGAUGUGAGAGCGCUUUUUGAAUUGACGCUUUUGGAUCAGAGUGGGAAAGAGAGGCAUAAGGUUCAUACCCAUUUCGGGAGAACUCCGGAUAGUGGGCCUUACACGCUCAAAUAUCGCGGCAGCAUGUGGGGUUACAAACGGUUUUUCAAAAGAACUGCUUUAGAGACAUCAGACUACCUCAAGGAUGAUUGCCUCUCGGUUAACUGUAGUGUAGGCGUUGUGAGAUCAUAUACCGAGGGUCCUAAGAUCUACUCUAUUGCAGUACCAUCUUCUAACAUUGGUCUGAAUUUUGGGCAGCUACUGGAAACUGGAAAGGGAACAGAUGUGAAUUUUGAAGUUGAUGGAGAAACUUUUGCUGCUCAUAAAUUGGUACUUGCAACUCGCUCACCUGUAUUUAGAGCCCAAUUAUUUGGUCCAAUGAGGGAUCAGAAUACCCAGUGUAUAAAAGUUGAAGACAUGGAGGCUCCUGUUUUUAAGGCUUUGCUUCAUUUUAUGUAUUGGGACUCCCUACCUGACAUGCAAGAGCUUACUGGUUUAAACACAACAUGGGCUUCUACUUUGAUGGCACAGCAUCUGCUUGCAGCUGCAGAUCGUUAUGGUCUUGAAAGACUGAGGGUGCUAUGUGAAGCCAAUCUCUGUGAAGGUGUUGCCAUAAACACUGUAGCAACAACGUUAGCUUUGGCGGAGCAGCAUCACUGUUUCCAGCUGAAAGCUGUGUGUCUCAAAUUUGUUGCACUGCCUGAAAAUCUGAGAGCUGUGAUGCAGACAGAUGGCUUUGAAUACUUGAAGCAAAGCUGCCCUACUGUCUUGACUGAACUCUUGGAGUAUGUGGCUAGAGUUAGUGAACACUCUGUCAUCCUAUGCAGGCAUGGAAAUGAAGCUAUCCUCGACGGCAGUGAUGUCAAUGGCAGGCGGGUGAAGCAAAGGCUAUAGUGAUCAGGCUUCCACUAUUCUUUGUAGCCAAAAAUUGAAAAAGAUAAAAACAAUAAUGUUUUCUAGAUAUAGAAACCAACUUCUAGCUUUUAGCUUUUCACUUGUAAGCGAAUGUAAAUUUGUUGUUCAUUUGUUGUUCAUGGAAAAGCUUGUAAUGUGUAAGUUUCCACUUGCAGUAUGCCAUUUCCUCUCCCCCCUCUUCCCAUAGUACUUUCUUUCCUUGUGUUUUUUGUUUUGGUGUUUUCUUUUUUGGUAGAACUAUAUUUGUGCGAUUAAAAUUUGGAUCACCGUUGUGUUAGAUUGCAAUGUAUUUCAGUUCUGGAUAAUUUUCUCAUCA